GGGAUGUAUUUGUGCAGGACAUCAGAAAGGCAGACAGCAAGAUCCUCAUUGAGAGACACCUCGUCUCCUUGCCUGUCCUCUCCACGAGGGGGCGCUCGGACAUCUGACGUCACUUCCGCCGCCACAUAGACGCGUCCAACGGACUUGUCGACUUGCUUGCAGGCCCGUUCUUGCGCAUGCGUAACUCGACCCCCGUCCCAAUCGUUUACGGAGACUUCAGGGAAUUGUUGCAAUGGCUGAGUUCAAUAAUUUCAACACCGAUUUCUUCCAAUCAAGCUAUAGCAUUGAUGACCAAGGGCAAUCAGCUUAUGACUACAAUGCAGCAGGGGAUCCUUUCCAAAACAGGCAGUAUGACAGUCACACUCAGCAGCCUGGAUAUUUUUAUCCAACAGGGUCCCAACAGCCAUACACAGGACAGAUCUAUCAACCUACACCAACCUUCACUCCUAGCUCUCCACAGUCAGUAUACGGCAACAGUUUUGAAGACGAAGCCCCAUUAUUGGAAGAAUUAGGAAUUAAUUUUGACCACAUCUGGCAGAAAACACUGACUGUCCUCCAUCCACUGAAAGCAGCAGAUGGAACCAUUAUGAAUGAAACUGACCUGGCUGGGCCCAUGGUGUUCUGUUUGGCAUUUGGAGCCACCUUAUUACUGGUUGGCAAAAUCCAGUUUGGUUAUGUGUAUGGGAUCAGUGCUAUCGGGUGUCUCGGCAUGUACUGUUUGUUGAACUUGAUGAGUAUGACCGGAGUGUCCUUUGGUUGUGUGGCUAGCGUUCUUGGAUAUUGCCUGCUUCCAAUGAUUAUCCUGUCAAGUUUUGCUGUGAUUUUCUCUUUGCAAGGCAUGCUGGGCGUAAUUAUUGCUGCUAUGAUUAUUGGCUGGUGCAGUUUGUCAGCUUCUAAGAUCUUCAUCUCUGCCUUGGCCAUGGAGGGACAGCAAUUACUUGUGGCAUAUCCUUGUGCUUUGUUAUAUGGAGUUUUCGCUCUUAUCUCCGUUUUCUAAAUGUCUUUGUGAAUGGAACAAGGGUCCAUGUUCUGAACUCAAAAGACAAAUGGAUGCAAGUCUCAAGUAUCAUUCAAGUGGUUUAAAAACUUUCCAGUUGCCUGCCAACAAAGUGGUUGAAAUUCUUUUGAUUCCAAGUUUCUUGGGAACAAUUGGACAGAUGUCUUGUAUUCUUAAAUUCCUGCUUUAAAUGUUGUACAAAGAAACCCAUUUUAGUGAUUGAAGGUGUCUAAAGCACAGAUUGCUAAUUUGAAUGUUUUGUCUUUGCUUUCAACAACAUGCUUCACUGAUGGGGAUUAAAAUAUAUUAAAUGGUUUUACCUUUAUCCUGAAACACAGUUUAGUUAUGAAGUUCAGAUGAAAUUUUCACAUGGUUCAGACAUGCAAGUUACUUUUAUUGUUUGCUGGGUUGUUGGGACCGCUGGAAAGUGUUCCUUCACGUGCAGUGUAAAUAGAGAAAUAUACAGUACCCUGUGAUAUUUAUAUCUAUAGCAAGAACUGCGUGCAAUACCAAAAAACAAAACUCAAUAUUUAAAUCAAAAUUCUAUAGGCAUCCGUUCCUUUUGGUCAAUGAACCAUAAUAAAUUUCUCUCAAGCAAAUGAAAUUCAAUACUGGGAAUGGGAGGAGUUAGAAAACGUGUUGUACAUGUAGGCAUUGUCAAAGUAAGAUCCCAUUGUAAAGAGGGCAACUUCAUGUCUUGCUUUACAGCAUAAUUACAGUUUGCAAGUUAGACAUUAUUUUACCACCGUGUUUAUCUGGCCCAUGGAAAUAAACAAUCAUUCCAGCUCCAAUCUGUAAAUUACAGAUAAUUUAGUUUUUUUUUUAAGUUGACUGCUUAUUUUGUUUCUACUGUUUAAGCAUCUUGCCCUGUGCAGUACAUUUGUAAUAAAUUGGUUAAUCUCUCAUCCAA